UAUUAUUCCUACAUUUUUUAUAAUUAUGACGUUUUAUUUAUAAUAAAAAAAGUUUUUGAACAUUUUAAAAAUAUGUUGAACUUGGGAAAACCAUCGCCGAAAGAUCGAGCUGAAAUAGUUAAAAUAACAAAAGCGAGACUAUAUGAUGAAGAACGGAAAAAACGAAUUUUCAAUCCAACAACGAGAAUUAUCGGAGUAAGUCAAAAUUAUCAAUUAUGUAUUUAUUAAAUUAUAAUUUGUUCAAUCCUAUGGUUCUGUCUUAUAACUAGAUUGACAAAAAUGCUCUUGAUAAACAAGUUCAAGAAAAAAAAAUGCUGCGAGAACAAGAACAAGCAAAAGAUCAAGCUUUUGCACACAAAAUAUUACAGGAUUGUACAACGUCCAUAAAACUAGAUAAAGAAAAUAGAACUGUUAGUAAUAUAGCACAUAUUUUACAUCUAUAAUUGCAAUAAUUUAUUUUAUGGAAACCAAUCCAACUUACAAGAUUAAACAUCAAAAUACACAAAAUACAAAUAUAUUAUAAUAAUUUUAACAAAACCUAAUAAAAUAUAAUAAUAGGUACAUAUGUAUAUUAUAUCUAUUAUAUUAUUCUGAUGUAAAUUCUAUAAUAGUACAAUAGUUGUUUAUUUUAAAAAUUAGAUAUGGAAUAGGUUUAUUUUUCCUUUAGAUAUCAAAGGGUGAAAAUGACCAAUCAUUUUAAACAUUUUCGGCAAAUGCUGAAUUAUUUCUGAAAUUAAUCUUGGUGGGUUGAAAACUCAAACGCUUUAUUAAUCCGAGACUAUCUACUGUAUUGGUUAGUAAUUUAUUAAAACAUUUUAAAAGAUUUCCUUUAUACAUAAUAUUGAAAAUGUACUGAGGUGUAAACUGCAAAGAAUUUUAUUUUAUUCUAUGUGAAAAUACGGCUUUCUAGAAAUAUGUGCAAUUAUUUUAAAUUAAUUUUUUUUUCACAACUAUUUAGAAACAAAAGGAAAUAGAGCUAGAGCUAUUGGAGUUUAGAAAGAGAUAUCAAACACCCGAAACGCGGAGAGAGUACGACAUAAAUGACCCUCUAAAAUGCAAAAAGGGGCAGCAGAAUCGUAUAGGCGAUGAUGAUCCAAGGAUUACAUUGUCGUCGUGUCAACGGUAAGUAGUGGAUACUAACACUUCUAACUGAAAAAACUAUAAUGUUAUAAAUGAUUAACUAACACGGCCGUUUACCGAAUUUCUAUAUUUUAGUUUCGAAGGAGAAGACGGUCCCAUCUCGAAAGUAAUCAAAGCAGAGCAAAUUGAACAGCAGCGCGUGUGGUUGGAAUUGCAAAUUCGCGAAAAAAGAAUGGCUCAAGAAGAAGACAAAAAUGUCGAUAGAUUGUGGCAAGAAGCUGAACGCACAACAGUUGAACGAGCCAAGGCGCACGAGUUGCUCGAAAAUGAAUGUAAGAAAAAACUUAUUGAGGCCAAUUACCGUUACAACCAAUCCUUGGUAAGAACUGUUAAAAUAACUUAUUGGCGUGAGCAACAAACAAUGGCUGAUUUUAUAUUAUUAUAUUUGAAUUAUUUUAUUAAUAAUUUGAAUAAUAUAAUUUAUGUUAUGUAUAGGCAGCCGAACAGAAAAUGAACAAAAAUAUUAUAGAGACGGAAAAUGAAGAAGACAAAAUGGUUGAGGUGUAUAACGCGAUCACCGGAGAUUUCCUGACGGAAAAUGUCGAACGAGCUUUUAAUAGCACAAAAGGACCCGGUAUAUUAACUCCGUCAUUGUACAAAGGAUUGACACCAGCCAUGAAACAAGCCAUAUACGACUAUCAGGCCCGACAAAGAGAGGAACUCAAGGUAAUUAAUCUAUUUACCGUUCAGAACUUUGGUUACAAAAUAACUUUCAUAUGUUGGUAUAAUGGUAUCAACUAACCCAAUAACCAUAAUUUAUAAUUAUGCGAUUUCAGAUGAAAAAAGACAUGCUUAAAAAACAGGAAAAAGAUUGGGCUGAGCUUUUAAACAUGCAGGCUAGAUGCGGCAAACUCAGUUAUCGGGAAUUGCAAAGGAAAAAAAGGUAAAUUACGUUUUUGACAAUUUAAAAUGUGAGUGGAUACAAAAACCUAAGAAUUUAAUGGAAACAAACAUGUUUCAAUAUAUUUUUGGGGACAUAUACCAAACUAACUAGAAGAAGAAAAAAAAUACCUAACUCCUUAAGUUUUAAGUAUUAUAGUUUAUAAAUUGCAUUUUUUAAAUAGAACUAUUUUUACGUUUACAAAAGUGCAUUGCACUUUUAGAAUUUCCCAACAGAAAACAAAUAAAUACAAGUGUAUAAUAAUUAAUAAUACCAUACUAUAAUUUGUAGGUAGUAAUUACGUACACAAUUCAUUAGACUAAUACAGAAGAUAUAUUUUGAAAUGCCAAAAUUUUUACGAUUUUGGUUAAAAUUUGAUCUUUAAAUGCUUAUGAAAAAAAACAAAAUUAAUGCAUUGAUCUCAAUUUUACUUUUUAAACCACUAAGAUCAAUUUAUAAUGUACCUUGUGUUAAAUUGUCAAGCAUUUCUCUUAACUUAUAUAAUUUUAAUAACAAAUACCUAUCAAAUAAAAAUACUCAUAAGUACACGAAAAUAUAAAAUACCUAAUAAGACCUUACAAACACUAAGUUAAGGAAAAAACAUCAUAAUAGUAAAACCACUUGAUCUUUUGCUAUACUCCGAAUGUAAAAAAAAAUAUCAUCGCCAAAUUAACUUCAGCCAACUAGUGAGAAAUACAUCAGGCCCCAAUUAUAAACCAUAAAUUGUGAGAUAUAGAUACAGGUUAAUAGGAUAAGUAAUGUAAUAUUAAAUACCUAAAUAAUAUUCUCAGGACCGUCUUAAAUUGUGCAGGAGCCCUUGGGCACACAUAGAUGGAGGCUCUUUUAGAAGCUAAAAAAAUCACGAAUGAAAACAACAAUAAUAAUUUUUGUUCAAUGACUUAUGAGAAAAUAACAUUUUUUCAAUCUUAAAUAGAUAUUUGAUACGUAUAUGGCUUUUAUGAACGAUAUAUUAAUUGUUAAUUAACUAUUAACAACAGUUAAUAAUAACUGUGCAGCUGCCAGCCGCUGUUAUAGUCUGUACAACGGUCCACGUAUUUAUUGCAUGUAUAAAUACCGAUUACGAGGUAAUCGUCGUUUUUGAAAUAUUUAAAUUUUGAGUAAACAGAAUUUAACUAUAUUUUAAAAUUAUUACUUAAUAUUUAAGGCUGACAGUCAAAUAUUUAGUUGAUAAUUUUUAACGUACAUAUAAAAAUUAUUUUUUUCGGGGUCUCCAUCAAACCGGGGCCCUAGAGUCGUGCCCCAAGUGCCCUUAGUGUUAAAACGUCACUGUAUAAUGUAAUACAUAAUAUAAAUUGGGUAUACUAUAUUAUAUUUUCGUAGGACAGCCUGUAUUAUCUACUCGUUUUAUUGAAGUGUUCUAAUUAAAAUAAUUAAUGCAUUUUUAGGAACAUAGAAGAUGAACUCAAGAACUUCAACUUAACUCUAGCUAAUGAACAGAAAGCUGAACAAGAAUUUUUAAAUAACGUACUGUAUAAAACUAAGCCUUCUGAUGAGUUUUUUGACCAGUUUAAUAGAACAACUCGAUAA